GGGUGGCGGCUGCGCCGUAGGCGGGCCGCGGCCUGGACGCGCCGUGGGGAGGGGCGGAGCCAGCGGGCGGGAGCGCGCGCCGGGCCCGCCUCAGCUGCCGCCGCGCCGCCGCCGCCGGGGAAUGAUCUGGGCGGCAGCAGGCGGCCUCGGCUAGCGGCCACGAGCGACUUCUGCGGCUGCCCAGAGGAGCAAAGGUCGCCAGUCUCGUGUCGUGCCCCUCUCCGCCCCCCAGGAGGGGCGAGAGGGAGCCGUGGCUGAUGUCAGAAACACACUUUCGGGAAAUGGCCUCUAAAUCUUGGCUGAAUUUUUUAACCUUCCUGUGUGGAUCAGCAAUAGGAUUUUUUUUAUGUUCUCAGCUAUUCAGUAUUUUGUUGGGAGAACAAGGUGACACCCAGCCUAAAAUUCUUCAUAACGAUCCUCAUGCUAGGCAUUCAGAUGAUAAUGGACAGAAUCAUCUAGAAGGACAAAUGAACUUCAAUGCAGAUGCUAGCCAACAUAAAGAUGAGAACACAGACAUCGCUGACAACCUCUACCAGAGAGUUAGAAUUCUUUGCUGGGUUAUGACAGGCCCUCAAAAUCUGGAGACAAAGGCCAAACACGUCAAAGCUACUUGGGCCCAGCGUUGUAAUAAAGUGUUGUUCAUGAGUUCAGAAGACAAUAAAGACUUCCCUGCUGUGGGAUUAAAAACCAAAGAAGGAAGAGAUCAACUAUACUGGAAAACAAUUAGAGCCUUUCAUUAUGUUUAUGACCAUUAUUUAGAAGAUGCUGAUUGGUUUUUGAAAGCAGAUGAUGAUACAUAUGUCAUAGUGGACAACUUGAGAUGGCUUCUUUCCAGAUACAACCCUGAAGAUCCCAUUUACUUUGGGAGAAGAUUUAAGCCCUAUGUAAAGCAGGGCUACAUGAGUGGAGGAGCAGGAUAUGUACUAAGCAAAGAAGCCUUGAAGAGAUUUAUUGAUGCAUUUAAAACAGAAAAAUGUACACAUAGUUCCUCCAUCGAAGACUUAGCACUCGGGAGGUGCAUGGAAAUUAUGAAUGUAGAAGCAGGAGAUUCCAGAGAUACCACUGGAAAAGAAACUUUUCAUCCCUUUGUACCAGAACACCAUUUAAUCAAAGGUUAUCUACCCAGAACCUUUUGGUACUGGAAUUAUAACUAUUAUCCUGCAGUAGAGGGUCCUGGUUGCUGCUCUGAUCUUGCAGUUUCUUUUCACUAUGUUGAUUCUACAACUAUGUAUGAGUUAGAAUACCUCGUUUAUCAUCUUCGUCCAUAUGGUUAUUUAUACAGGUAUCAACCUGCCUUACCUGAAAAUAUACUAAAGGAAAUAAAUCAAGCAAACAAAAAUGAAAAUCCAAAAGUAAAAUCAGGAAACCCUUGAAAGAAAAACAUGAACAGAGGUAAAUGCCUAGCAAGCAUUGCACUGAAGACGGACUUCUGCAUUUCUGACACAGAACACUGGAAUCCCAGUGAGGAAUUCUUUCUAAGUGAACAUUCCAUAUAGAAAUCUUUCAUACAAAUGACUGUAAACUGAAGCUUUAAAUGAGCUGUGAAGUCUGUUAAAAUGUGUUUUGAUACAUUAAUAUAUAAAUAUAUAUAUAUAUAUAUAUAUAUGAAGAACUUGUGUUCUUAAAAAGGUGGCCAGGUAGAGAAACUAGAAAAGAGAUUUUGUUGCCUAUUUUUGACCAUAUGUAUUAUUGUCACUGAGAAACUAAAACACUUUGUACCAUGUUAGUAAAACACAUGAUACUAAACAGAUCUGCCUUAAAGAAAGUUUUAGAAAGAAAUAUUGUCGCUCAGUGUUGCUAAUAAACUCGAGAAAUGAGUUUAUAUUUGCAGUAUGAUAUAAAUGAACCACUCCCCCCCACACAAAUAGUUUUUGUCUAAUGAAAAUUUUGCUGUGAUUAUUUAUAAUUGGCAGUAUUUCUUCCAAAAAGUAGAAGAAUGGCACUUAUUCUAAAGUGCAUUAAUAAAAUCACAUUUUGAAAUUACCACGGGCCUUGACUAUAUUAUGUACUUGAUUCUAAUUAGUAAUCUUUUACUGAGUCCCUGCUAUCUCUUUUCUAAAUAUGAUUAACCACUCUUGAAUACCAUUCUCCACUAUUGGUAUUUAUUUACUCAAAGCAUUAAUGGCAUUCUAUAGACAUGCAUUUUAUAAUUUGUUCCCAAAUUUACCCAUUACUAUGGGUAACUAUUAAGUAGUAAAUUUAAUGCUAUUUGGGGAUGCUUUUCCUUUUAUCAGUGCCCACUCUCAGGAAUUACUAAGUGACAUUUUUGUUAUGUAAAACUGUUUCCAACUACAUAAUUAUAAUUUCUUUCAUUCUUCUCCUGUUGAGAGAUAAGAACUUGUUUGUGCCUUUCAUAACUUGUUUAAAGCAGAGUUUUAAAAUUCAUUUUAGGAUCUGAGGUGGCUGUUAAUUACACUGGCAAGAUUAUUUUGAAUGCAAGAUUUUGACCCACUAACACAGCAGAAUACCUAUUUAAGACUGUCAUCAAAAACAUUCACAAAUGUCUCAUUGUAAUUUUAGUGACUCUGUUUAUAGAGUUUCUGGAAAGAAAGAAAAUUUUUAAUUUUUAUUGUCUUUAGCAAUACUAUCUGAGUGUAUCACAGCAGAAUAUUUUACAGACUUUCUAUAAGAUUGUUUUUAGUGUUACAAAUGAUUUAAUUUCCCUUAUGUUUAUCAUUAUGCUAAUUUUAUAUGGCUGUGAUGCCAUUGACUCUGCUGCUUAGCUAAAUUUAUUUAUUGUGCCAAAACAUGUCAAAACCAUGACCUCUUUUGGAUGAUAUAUUUGAGAGGAUGUUCAUUUCAUUGCCUAAUUUUGUCCACAUGGUGAAAACAACACUCCAAUUUUUACCUAUUGUUUUUUGCUGUUUUCGUUGUGGUAUCAUCUGCCAAAAUUUCAAGGCAUUUGUUCUAUUCUUUGAACAGCUCUUCACAGUGGUGUGGACAUGAAUUUCCGUAUAUGCUGUUUUUCUUUACUAGAAAUGAUUUACCAUAAAUAUCAAAAAAUGUUAAGAUCUACCUAUAGGAAAUAAAUGUUGUGAUGAAUACUGAGCUUUGGAGUCAGACUGCCUGGGUUUAAAUUCUUGCCUCAUCACUUACUAUUUUUGUAACCUUGAGCAAUUUACUUAAUCUCUUUGUGCCUCAAUUUCCUCAUCUGUAAAUUAGGGGUAAUAAUACUACCUACCUCACAGGAUUUUUCUGAGGAUUAAGUAAGUGAAUAUAUAUAAGGCCCUUAGAACACUGUCUGCCCCAGAAUAGGGAGCAAUAGGUAUAAUGUUUUAUUAUUAUUCUGUUACCUUGGAGUGUAAAUAUUUCAUUUGAAUUAAUGAAAAUCUGCUUUGAUCAAAUCAGGUACUGAAGGAAUUAUUUCAUACAUUUCUUAUAAUGGUAAGUAAUAUAUUUAUCUAGUGCCUGCUAUAUGUCAGGUACUGUGCUUAGAUAAUCUGUGUACAUUAGUGUUAAUCCUCACAAAUUGAGUGUUAUUUCCACAUUAUAGAUGAGGAAACGAGGCUCAUAGAAUUAAUGUAAUUUUUCCACUGUCACAAAAGCUGGUAAGUUACAGAGCUAGAAUUUAUACCCAGUGUAUUCAUUUAAAUCAUAUUAAGCUUGGGAUUAGACAUUUAGCAUGAUUUCCAUUUUUCACUGAUACGAUAUGUGACAUCUGAUACAUUGUCCAGUAAUAGUGACAUCAACCAAUCAAAUUGAGAGUGAUUUUAACACUGUGGUUCUCACACUUGCCUGAGAGCUUGUUAAAAUGCACUUCUAAAGACCCCAAUCCCAGAAAUUCUGAUGUUAGCAUGGGGCCCAGGAAUAUGCAUUCUUACCAGAUACCCUAGUGCAGUGGUUGUCAAAGUGUGGUCCUAACAAGCAGCAUCAACAUCACGUGGGAACUUGUUGGAAAUGCACCCUCUCAGGCCCCACCCAGGUCUAUGGAAUCAAACAGGGACAGGGCUAGCAGUUGUGUUUAAACAAGCCCUACAAGUGAGUAUUAUUCAUCCUACUUUGAGAACCAUUUCCAAACUACCCAUGUGAUUCUGGUACAAAUAGUCUUUGGAACACACUGAAGAUUACUGCCCAUGACUAAGGUAUUUUUCAAAAACUUACAUAAAGCAUGUUUUAAAUCAGUGUGGUCCAGAAUCACACUAUAGUAAAUGUAAAUACUUUAAAGAUAAUUUAAAGGGUCAGUGGAUCAUUCAUUUUGGCAGAAUUUUUUAGCUUCUCCACAGUGACUAAUAUCAGGGCCUGCAAUGAAAUCUGUAAUUCUCUAAGUUUAGUAAUUUUACAUUGAGACAGGAAGGGUUAAGUACUAGUAAGUACAUACUAAUUCAUUAAAAGCAUACAUAAAUGUCAUAAAAAAUGUCCACAAUUGUUAAUAAAACAAAUUUUUUAAGUAGCAGAAUGCUCUUUUAUAACAUGCAGAGCAUUUUUCUACUAAUCAUUUUGUCAAUUAAAAUGUCAUCACUUUCAAGGAUCAUUUGAGUGUCCUUUAUGACCUAAUAAAGCAAAAAAAAUUCUCCAAAUAUUUGAUAGAGCACAUAAAACCAGGCUGCAUGAUGAUGAUUUAUUCACCAUCUUUUAGAUUAAGGUCUUUGUUACUGGAGAAAUGAUUUUAGGAUGGUCUCAGAACAUAAGGCUUUUAAUAUCCUAUGUUCUCUAAUAACGGAAUAUAUGUAUUUUCGAGUGGGAAGUUCAUAGAUACAAAGCAGGUUUUUGUCCCAUAGUUUAUUUUCAAAUACCAUAAAUUUCAGAGUAGUUUUUGUUACUGUAAUAAGAUGAAAAUAAAUCACUGAUCAGUUUUUAAUAUUUUUGAAUAUGGUAAUUGGAUUUGAGCAUUAAAUUUGCUAACUGGUUAUUUUCAUGAUUACUAAUUUUUCACUUCUUUGAGCCUAUCAAACAAUUAUUACCAGAUUAAAGUACUAUUGUAUUUGAAAGAAUCCCUCACUUGAUUAGAUCAGAUCUAGCAUUUUAUUCAUCAUUUAAAUUUUCAGUUAAUUAGAAUAUUAUUCUAUCUUUGACAGUUUCUGCUUCUUUGUAUUUAUUGCUUUUCUGUAUUUCCUUUAUAACUUCAACCUUCUAGCUACUCUUAAUGCUGCCUUUGCAAAGUUAAUUUGGCUGUUAAUAGUGAUUAGAAUUUGUAUCACUUACUGAUAAUUUUGUAUCUACUACCUAGGUUUCCCUAUGAGAUUGAAAGUAAAAGUCUGUCAAAGAAUAAUGCCUGCUGGCUCCCAGGAUACUUGUGCUACUUUCCUCAUGUGAUCUGUUUGAACCAUGUUUUCUUUUUUCCUCCCCCUUGCUCAUUAGCUUGGGCUUCCACUCUAGUUCUUUCACCAGAAUUUGUAUGACCAUGUUGAACUUGCUUCAUUCUGAUUGUCCUCUUUGGUUUUGUCAUGGAAACACCCUUAACUUUCUCUUGGCCCUUAGCUGAAAUGUUAAUGCAACUUCUGGUGAUAUCUUUUCAUAAUUUUAUCUCUCUUAAAAGGGUGAUGGAUGUGCCACCUCAUGAAAGUGAACUUCAAACUAUAGAUAACUCUUAAAAUUUCAUUUUAGACAAUUAAAAUAUUUGUGCUAAAAAAAAAUCUACAAUUUUAAACUAAUCCUACAUGUACAGUUUUCAAAGGAAGUAAAGUUAUUUGGAUCCCCCCACUCUUUUCUCAAAAAAACAAAACUCGUUUGCUUCAUUUCUCUACUUUAUAGUAGGCCUGACAGAAACAUAGUUAAGGAAUCUGGGGAACAACCUGUGGUAUAUUCUAUGCUAAAUGUUACCUCUGUUGACUAAAAAAAUGAGUUAUGUUUAUACGUCAGAGUUGAAAUAGAUAUUUUAACACAGAUUGGAAUAAGAAAUUUUACAAAUUCUCUUUAGCGAAACCAACUCUAAGACUAGUUUUAGAUUUGAAUUGUACUGUGUUUCAACUCCCUUAUAUCUCUAGUUUUCAGUUUAUAUUAGUUGUUUGAAUAACCUUGCAGGGCCCUGCAAAAUAAUCUACAUGAAGUAUAUUAUUAGAGGGAAACUAAUCUUACUGCUAAGCAGUGUGUUGUACUACUUAGUGAAUGUUUGUGUUUUGGAAUUUAAAAAUUAUUUAAGGUAAUAGUGUCAUGAAUGGUUUAAAAAUGUCUGGUGACUUGCUUAUUUUAAGUGAUCACCAUUAAGUCAGAAAAAUGUAUUUUUAAAUAUUUUUUAAAGUGCCUUUUGAACAUUUCUAAACAAUGGAUUUAAAUUACUGCAUAAAUAAAUUGCCAUGUUCAAA